AUGCUCGUCGCGUAUUCCCAGAACGGGCAUCUUGACGGUGCAAAGAGGAUCUUCUCGAUGAUGCCUGAUCCGGACGUUGUCUCAUGGACUGCAAUGCUCAAGAUCUACGCACUUGAAAGAAACGUGGAUCGAGCCAAAGAAAUCUUUGCGAAAAUGCCCAAUCGAGAUGUGGUAUCCUGGAACACGAUGCUCACACUGUAUGCCUCAAUUGGGCAUUUUGUGGAGGUGGAAGAGUUCUUUAAAUCCAUGCCUGUGAAGAACGUAGUGUCAUGGAAUACGAUGAUCCAAGCGUACGCUGACGGUGAAGAUCUUGAUCAAGCAAAGUCCGUGUUUGAUACAAUGCCAGAGAGAAACGCCGUGUCGUGGAACACAAUGAUCCAGGCAUAUGCCCAACAAGGGCAUAUCCGCGCUGCGGAGGACGUCUUCCAGCGAAUGCCUGCGCACGACGCGAUCUCUGGGAACUCUAUGAUCUCGGCCUAUGCCCUGGUGGGCGAUCUUGCGGAGGCAGCAGCGAUCUUUGAUCGAAUGCACUACCGAUCGCUUGCGUCCUGGAACGCGAUGAUCCAGGCGUUUGCUAGCAACGGACAGAUGGAGGCGGGGGAGGCCCUGUUCUUGCGAAUUCCCGAGCGCGACGUCCUCUCUUGCAACUCUAUGAUCGUGGGUUUCGGGCAGUCCGGCGAGAUCGCAAAGGCCGAGCGCGUGUUCUUCCUCGAGACGAUCCACAAGACCGUCGUCUCGUGGAGUGUGAUGAUCCAAGCGUACGCUCAGAACGGCGCAGUCGAGAAAUCGCUCGAGAUGUUUCACGCGAUGCCGGGGACUCGCGACGUCUUUGCAUGGAAUGUGGCUCUACGCAGUGCCGCGGAGCUCCAUCGCCAUGAAGCAUUCUUCCGGAGCAUGCCAAUGACGAAUCUAGCGUCGUGGAGGGCGAUGAUCCUCAUCCACAUCGACUGCGACCGCCUGGAGUGCGCCAUGAGCUUAUUCGAUCUUAUGCCCGAGCGAGACACCGCUUCGUGCAAUGCGAUGCUCUCGGGGUAUGCCCGAAGUGGGCAUCUCCAGCAAGCGAAAACGCUCUUCUCGGAAAUGAUCUGUCGAGAUAUCACGAGCUACACUAUAAUGUUCCAAAUUCUUCUGGAUUUUGGAAACCUCGAUAGUGAGGCAAAGGUGUUCUUUGAUUCAAUGCCAGAGCACAAUCUCGUUGCUUGGACUGCGCUUUUAGCAGCCUAUAUAAAAAAGGAACAAUUCGACCAAGCAAAGUUUAUCUUCGAGCAAAGAAUGCCCGAUCAUGACCCAGCCUCAUGCAAUCUAGUAAUCAACAUGUUUGCAAAGAGCGGCCAGAUUGAUCUAGCUAAGAACUUGUACCAUCAAAUUCCAAAUAAAGAUCUUGUCAUCUCGACUGCCAUGCUCACAGCAUAUGCUCAGAAUGACUAUAUCGAAAAAUCAAAAGAAGUAUUUGAUUGUUUGCCUGAAAGAGACGCAGUGUCUUGCAACGCCAUGAUCACCGCAUUUGGGCUCAAGGGUGACGUAGAAGCAGCUAUUAAUGUGUUCCAAAGCAUGGCAGAGAAAACUCUCACAACAUGGAACCUUGCUUUGUCUCUAAUAACUCAAAUACACGAAGCUCUACUGUUUUUUCUGGGCAUGCCAAAUCAAGAUGUGGUGUCUUGGAAUCAUCUGUUGACGAUUUACAGCCAAGGUAGCAGCAUUGAUGCAACAAAGCUUUUCUUUGACAAGAUGCCAGAGAUCAACGCUACUUCAUGGAAUACUCUCCUAGCAGCCAAUGUACGCUCUGGGAAUCACUCGAGAGCUUUAGAGCUUGUGUCGUGGAUUAGUGUGGGGGGUCUUAGUCCAAAUGAAAUGACAUUCCUUAUUGUUCUUAGUGUGUGCAAUCACGCUGGAUCUAUUGAGAAGGCCGCCUACUACUUCAACACAAUGUUACAAAGAGAUCUUAUCUAG